CUAUUAAAGUCUCAAAUACUCGGAGACACACAUAAAUGUCCUGACACUACCUUUUGAGCGAGCGUCCAUUCGAUUGAGAAACGGAACUCGGCGUGUCCUGGACUACUGCUUUUCGUAUUCGUUCUUUGCUGGAUAACGUCAUGGACAAACAGCGCAAUGCGUCGGACGUUGACAGUUUCUUGCUGUAUUCUGCUUCUCUCUAUCUUUUGAGCUUUCGAAGUUCUCCAAUCUUUUAUUUAGUUACAAGUCCACAAUCGGGCCGCUGGUAUGCCUGAGAUCAUCCAUCCUCUCGCCGCCACAAUAUGCGAUAGAAUUCAUAUUGAACGUCCCCAUCUCUUCGUCACGUAUAUCCUGACAUCAUGAACUUCCGCGAGGGCUUCGAAACGAGGACUUACCCUUGGGACUUGCGUUCCUGAGAAGCAGCAAAAUAUCCCGUUUCUCUCCAUUUACUUGAUCAGAUAUGUCUGCUAAUGGUGUCGAAUCUCACACCUCUCAAGGUGUUCCCUUCAAGGAGCUCUUCCCUGAGGAGCGAUUGGGAUGGCGAGGAUUUGUUGAAUGAGAAGACAAACCGGAAAGGAAGAAACUCGCAGUGGAGCUUCUCAAGACGAAGACCUUCACAACCAUCCCUGACGAACCCCGUCCUCAUCGGACGUCGCUGGAAAGAGUAUCAUGAGGCGCUAGGCUUGAAGUCUAUCGUCGACUUUAGCUGGGAGAUGGUGCAGAAAGAGAAGGAAGAUAUGCUUCACGUUCUUGACUUCCCUUACAAUGGCGAGACUAAGUUCAACCACAUCAUGGACAUGGAAGGCAAAAUCAUGGACAACAAGUAUCACUUCAUCCGAAAUCAUGGUGGUGUACCCGAUAUCGAUGAGGACGCAUUCUACUUCGAUAUUGGGGGCUUAGUCAAUAAUCCCACGAGGAUUUACCUCGAGGACCUCAAAGAUCCAGAGAAAUUCCCUCAGGAGGAGGUUACUGUCACCGUUCAAUGCAGCGGUACCAGGCCAGUGGAGCAAAUCGCACUGUAUCCUGGAGACGGCGACGAGCUCAUCAACGCUCCAUGGGGACAAGUUGCAAUAGGUACUGCCGUAUACCGAGGCGUCCAGAAAGUUCUCAAGAAGGCCUGCGGUGGUGUUCUUCCUGGAUGUCAACACCUUGAGUUCAUCGGCGCCGACACUUACUUCAAGAAGUUGGAGGUGUGCAACUAUGCCGUGUCGGUCCCGUACCGCAAGGUCCGCCAGAAUGAGGAAGUUUUACUCGCUUGGGAGAUGAACGGCCAGCCAUUGCCUAGGAUUCACGGAAGACCCUUGCGUCUGGUCGUCACUGGUUACAUUGCUACGGGCCAGUUCAGCGCCAGGAGUACCUCUUACAGCCAAUUGGCAAGCAGAACAUCCUCGUCGGUAAUGGCAUCUCCAUCCAACAAAUGCCAGUUUCGAGCGCGAUCAUGGCUCCCCGAGAUAGGCGGUGGAGGUAAUUGGCCCGAAAGAGUCGAAGUUUCUCCCGACGGUGUUCCUGCUAGCGGUCACGUGUGGUAUGCAUGCAAGCCAGAGGAUAUGACAGAGAAGCAUUAUCGCGCAUGGCGUUUGUGGAAGAUCGAAGUCCCUGUCGAUGCCGAGGGCUGGCUCGAGUUCGUCGUGCGAACUUGGGACUCCUCUAACAAUACGGAACCCACCUAUGUCCGUUCUCUGGGACCUCCAUGUCACAUCGUCCGCCCAUCGCAUUAAGCUGUAUAGCGUCAAUCGUACGAAACCUCUUACAGCGAGACAUCUCA